AAUCCCCUGGUAAACGAAGAAAAUACGGUAAUGAUGAUGAAAAACUGCCAAGGUUUUGGAAUGCUUUGAAGGGUGGAAAAGUUGAGGAGCAUAAUGGUAGCCAGUUCCUUGAAUUAUCUGGGGAUGUUUACUAUCUUCUAGGCAAAGAUAAGCAAGGUUCUGAUAUAUCCACUCUGUUUAUCUGUGAAUGUUAUCAUCACCUGAGUAAUAUUAUUUUUGAGAAUGAAAAUAUCUGUCGUUGGCAUAUUACUGGCAAUCCGGAAAUUGGGAAAACCUUCUUUGGUUAUUAUCUACUUUAUCUUCUUUCACAACAACAUUACUUGGGACAUGAAGAAGUUUGGUAUAUCGUGGAUGGUAGGGAACCAAUGGAAUAUGUUGCCAAGACAAUUCUUAUCUGUUCGCCCCAGAAACGCCACUACAGUAGCUUUGAUAAGCUUGGAACAACUAUUCGGUACAUGCCGGUAUGGUCUUGGGAAGAGAUCGAAGCGUGCAGUAUUAAGCUUUUCAGUAGUCUUCCUCAAGAAUAU